GCGUGUUGACGUGCACGCCGUGUGAGGUCAGCGAGGGCGUGCUUUAUCCCGGCUGGAGCUGCAGGAGGAGAAGCUACCUUUUUCACGGAUUCGGAACAUGCAGGUUUACAUGAAACAAAGGGAAUCCCUGGUACGAAAUGAUGGUUCAAGAGGAAGCACUAAGGAAUCACGGAAAACUCUGUGUUGAUGUCUGAAAAUAAGCCCCUCCCCCCCAACCUGACCCUUUCCAUGUUUGACCUGUCUAUGAUGGCUGUUACUUCUUUUUUCCUAUGACUCCACCACACCGGUGUCCUCCUAUCUUAUGGGUUUGUUCCAACCACUUCAAGCUGAAAUAACUCGAGCACCGGAAAGCUGAGCCUUGUUACACCAGGGGGGGGUCAUGCUUGGUGUCGUCUGAUGGAGGGCUCUGUCAGUGACGGCAUCUGCGAUGAUGCAGAUCCUGGGGGUUCUGAGCUGAGAAGGCUGGUAGAUGGAGAUCAGAAAACUCCCAAGGGUUCACACUUUGAAAACAUCAAUGUGAUCGGUCAGGGACUGAAGCAUCUCUUCCACCCCCAGAGACGCCGCUCUUCUGUCUCACCACAUGAUGUUUUGCAAGCUCAGCCAGAACAAGAUGUAGAUCCAGAGCACAUUCAAACUGCAGAGCUUGAAGGGGCUGCUCAACCCACUGCCCUAAAUCGUGUCUUGCAGCAGAUCAGAGUACCACCCAAGGUGAGGAGAGGGAGCAGCUUACCACAGAACCGUAAGGGCAAGACUGCCUCAAACACAAGAGGAAGCCCACAAAUUGGCCGCCGCUCUGCACAAGACAUUAUGGCUGUUCUAUCUCAACCUGCUCGGCCACGCUCUUCCUCCACCACAGAUGCCCACACUGCCACUGCUGCCCUUGACGUAUCCAGCGUCUCCUACUUGUCUGGAGAGGACUCUGCUGAGAAGAUUGACCGACUGGAAGGAGGAAACCUCUCACAGGCGUCCAGCAUGGUGUCCUCCGCAGCAGAUGGCAUGCUGGGCACAGAUACCAUGGAUGGUGCUCCAGAUCCACAGAGAACCAAGGCUGCAAUUUUACAACUGCAACAGAAGAUCCUCAAAUUGACAGAACAAAUUAAGAUCGAGCAAACGGCAAGAGACGACAAUGUUGCUGAAUAUCUAAAGCUGGCAAACAACGCAGACAGGCAGCAGGGUGCCCGCAUCAAACAGGUCUUUGAGAAGAAGAACCAAAAGUCUUCUCAAAACAUCCUUCAUCUCCAGAAGAAACUUGAGCACUACCAUCGCAAACUGCGUGAAGUGGAACAGAAUGGGAUCGCUCGACAGCCCAAAGAUGUUUUUCGGGACAUGCACCAAGGGCUGAAGGGUGUGGGGGCACGAGUGACUGGUUUCAGUGAAGGGGUGGUGGACAGUGUCAGGGGAGGUCUCUCCAGUUUCUCACAAGCCACCCACUCUGCUGCUGGUGCUGUGGUAUCUAAGCCGCGUGAGAUUGCAUCCUUACUGCGCAACAGAUUUGGCAGCAGUGAUAAUAUUUCAUCCCUUGAUGAUCCAACAGGCUUGUCUUCCACAGGAGAAGACAUCACUCCAAGUAAGGGUUUGGGGACCCUAAACAUGCUUCAGGCAAGUCCCAAAUAUGGAAGUGAGGAGGACUGUUCCAGUGCAACUUCAGGAUCUCUAGGGGCCAACAGCACUAGCGGCGGGCCUGGUGGGGGAGGUGGAGGGGGAAGCUCACGAACAAACACUUUGGAUCUCCAUGGACUAACAGGACUGGAAGUGGUAAUUCAGGAGAUCCAGGACAUCCGAGAAACUCAGAACAGAAUGGAGGAUUCAUUGGAAGGGCUGAGGAGUCAAUUUCAGAGUGACUACACAUUCAUCCUACAGUCUUUGCAAGAGGAGAGAUACAGGUGCGAGCGUCUGGAGGAACAACUUAAUGACUUAACAGAGCUUCACCAGAAUGAAAUUCUCAAUCUGAAGCAGGAGUUGGCCAGCAUGGAGGAGAAGAUCGCUUAUCAGUCCUAUGAGAGAGCACGGGAUAUCCAGGAAGCAUUGGAAGCUUGUCAGACGCGGAUCUCAAAGAUGGAGCUUCAACAGCAGCAGCAACAAGUGGUCCAGCUCGAAGGCUUGGAAAAUGCCACCGCAAGAAACCUGCUGGGGAAACUGAUCAACAUCCUUCUGGCUCUUAUGGCCGUGGUUCUGGUCUUUGUAUCCACUGUGGCCAACUGUGUGGUUCCACUACUGAAGACCCGUGGCCGGACUUUUGGGACGCUGCUUCUAGUUCUAGUGGCUGCUAUUCUUUGGAAACACUGGGAUUCCUUCUCUGAACACCUGGAGCGAUUGCUUUCUCCUCCAAGAUAACCUGACCAGCUUCACAGACUCUGAGACAGACGUCCAGUUCUAACAACUUUGGGACCUGAUUGCCUCUAUAUGGGAGACAUCAGGAGAGCCCAGCCAGCUCUUUGCGGGGAUUGGCUGUUCUUUUAUCAGGAGAUAUUUUUUUGUCCGAGGCCAUUCAUGAGUUGGAUUAUUGCCAAUUCGCACUGCCCCACCCUCCUCAUGCCUUAAAAUCUCAAGCAAGGAGGAUUUUUUUUGUGGGUUACAUCCCCACUGCGCCCCACCUCACUGGUAUUUCUUUCCCCUUUUGAGACUGCAAUUGAUUGGGGGUGUUCACGGGGCACGUGAGAGUGUACUGUUUACAUUGUAUGGAAGGAUUUUGGAGACUUUUGUUUUUAGGUUUCUCCCCCUUACUGAAGGAUGACUGCUGCAAUUUGUCUUUUAUCUGAAUGAAUUUAGAAUUAAACCUGCUCUGCUCCACUCCUCAAGCACCAAACACCCCAUUUCCCCUGCCCCAAGUUCUGUGCCUUCAGGAUCUGGGUCCAGGAGCAGCCGUGACUGCAACAAGGCAUGCUUAGCAUUACCUGGAGCCUGGACUUUACCAAUAAAAGCUUCAUUGUGGCAAUAAGGCACCAUAUGCUUCUGCCCAGAAAACAUCACCUCUUCCAAGUGCCUUAUUGCAUCUGUUCCUCUGGGAGGUGGGAUUGUCCGCACCUUGUAAUGGCCAUGCCUAUAGGUCAACAAAGGGGGAAUAGGUUAAAGCAAAACCGCCACCUCUUCCCGUAACCCUUUCUCUGCUGGUUGGGAUCUGUAAUGCACCACUCUGCCAUUGACUGCACUGCAGAUACUCCAGCAGCACAUUCCUUGAAUCCGAUUCUUCCUCCACCAGAGAGACCUGUAUAGCUGGGCUCUUUAAGGGAUAAAGGAGUAUAUGAAAAAAAAUGGACAUCUUCUGUGGGUGGAGUCAGGAAAAUAAAUUAACUCCACUCCUUAAUUACUGAUUUAUGCCUCAUUGCUGCUGUAUGUGCCAGAUAUUGAUCACAAUGGUCCCCCCCAAAGAAUGAAUUUGCAAGAGCAGUAUUUGAAAUAAUUAAUUGUUUUGCUUUUUAUUGAUUCAUUGUUAUUAUUUUAAGAGCAGUUUACAUUUUACUGGCCGGGGGAGUGUCCCUUUGGCAGAGAAGGGGACCGAUUGGCCGCACUUUGAAGCGGACCUACAUGCUGCUGCAAUCCAGGUUUGGGGAGGGGGAGGCGAUUUUUGUAGGAAUAAGGGGUGUUGGUGUUUUGGAAGCAGCACAGCUUUGGUACAGUGUCCGUUGCUGUAAGUGUUACCUCCUGUUGUUCUAGCGGAGGUUUGUUAUAUCUUGUUUAAUAUUUUAAUUAAUAUUAUUGAAGUGAGAGGGCGGUGAGGGCUCCUUGAAUAAAAGAGUAAUGUUUUUAAAAUUAA